GUCCGCCCCACGCCGGGCGGGGCCUAGGGUCCGCCCCCUCCGCUCGUGGCCUGAGAGUCCCAGGCCCAAGCCACGGGAUCUCCCCGGGCAGGGCCCGGGCUCGAUGGCGACGUGGAGGCGGGACGGCCGGCUGACCGGCGGCCAAAGGCUGCUGUGCGCGGGGCUGGCAGGGGCGCUCAGCCUCAGCCUCACCGCGCCCCUAGAGCUCGCCACCGUGCUGGCCCAGGUUGGCGUCGUGCGAGGCCUCGGCCGGGGGCCGUGGGCCACGGGGCACCGGGUGUGGCGGGCAGAGGGGCCCCGGGCCCUGUGGAAGGGGAACGCAGUGGCGUGCCUGCGCCUCUUCCCCUGCAGCGCCGUGCAGCUCGCCGCCUACCGCAAGUUUGUGGUGCUAUUCACAGAUGACCUGGGCCACAUUUCCCAGUGGAGCUCCAUCAUGGCUGGGAGUCUUGCAGGCAUGGUUUCCACCGUUGUAACAUAUCCUACAGACCUUAUCAAAACCCGGUUGAUCGUACAGAACAUGCUGGAACCAUCGUACAGGGGGCUCCUCCAUGCUUUUUCUACUAUUUACCAACAGGAAGGGUUCCUGGCCCUUUAUCGAGGGGUUUCCCUCACUGUUGUAGGUGCUCUCCCGUUCUCUGCUGGCUCCCUUCUUGUUUACAUGAACCUGGAGAAAAUCUGGAAUGGACCCCGAGAUCAGUUUUCUCUCCCGCAGAACUUUGCUAAUGUCUGUCUGGCUGCUGCAGUGACCCAGACCCUCUCCUUUCCCUUCGACACUGUGAAGAGAAAGAUGCAGGCUCAGAGCCCCUACCUCCCACACAGUGGAGGAGUAGAUGUCCAUUUCUCAGGAGCAGUGGACUGCUUCCGGCAGAUAGUGAAGGCCCAAGGGGUCCUGGGGCUCUGGAAUGGAUUAACAGCCAAUUUACUGAAGAUAGUUCCAUAUUUUGGAAUUAUGUUUAGCACUUUUGAGUUCUGCAAGAGAAUCUGUCUUUAUCAAAAUGGUUACAUUCUGUCUCCACUGAGCUAUAAAUUGACCCCAGGAGUCGAUCAGAGUUUGCAGCCCCAGGAAUUACGAGAAUUAAAGAAGUUCUUCAAAAUGAGAAAACUGAAGUCUAAAAAACCAACUCUAUAAAAUGGAAUGGAACUAGAAGUGCACUGACGGUGUGUUGCAAUCACAGAUAACUGCAGCCUCCUAACCGGGCACCUAAGGAGGGAGGAGAAGCUGCUGCUGUCUGCUGCUCUGGGAUAUGAGACAGUAUUGUCAUGCACCACCUCAAAUCUCCACACUGAUGUCCCCAUGAACUCCUGCACCAUGAGAAGGUUUCCCAACAUGAGUGUGUCAUGAUGGCAUUCCAUGAGAUUUUGUAAUCAGAGUCUAGCAGUGAUAAAAUGUACAAUUUAUGCUCUGAAUAGAAACAUAACACCAAAGAAAGGGCAUUGUCCUAACAUCUCAAAGCAACAUGUAAUUGACGUGGCUGAGUGGAUGCCACAUUGUGAGCAGAGCCACCGGGUCACUUGUACUUAAUGCAAAGCUUGCACAAACCAACAUCAGCCUAGUUUUGUUUAGUUUGACCUGAGACUUCCCAAUACAAUCUGUUGUUUUGUUUUAUUUUUAGAGACAGGUUCUUGCUCUGUCAUGCAGGCUGGAGUACACCGACACAAUAAUAGCUCACUGCAGCCUCCAACUCCUGGGC